AUGGGUAGAUUGCACGAAUAUCAAGUCAUUGGUCGCAAACUACCAAGCGAAAAAGAUCCAGUACCAAGUCUUUAUCGUAUGAAACUUUUUGCACCUAAUGAAGUUGUAGCAAAAAGUAGAUUUUGGUAUUUUUUAACAAAAGUUAAAAAAGUCAAAAAAGCCGCCGGUGAAAUCGUUUCUAUUAAUGAGAUAUUUGAGAAAAGGCCAUUACACAUCAAGAAUUACGGCAUAUUUCUUCGAUAUGAUUCUCGUUCCGGUACACAUAACAUGUAUAAAGAAUAUAGAGAAUUGACUAGAACUGACGCGGUUACCGCUUGUUACCAAGACAUGGCCGCUCGUCACCGUGCUAGAUUUUCAUCCAUUCAAAUUAUACGAGUUGCAGAGUUAAAAACAUCUCAA